GUCAUCAGGCACUGGCGGAGAGGGGUCCUUAGCGUGGCGCCGCCGCCCGCUCGCGCUUCUACGUGCCGGCGCAACGUACGUGCUGACGUUGUCGCUCGCUGGCGGGGGUCUCCGGCGCGGCGCGGCUGCUGCUGGCACCACUACUAUGGGGCUCCCUCCGGUGCGGCCGCGCUCCCUCUUCCUGACGGGCUUGGCCGCCGUUUAUCUCGCUGCCUUCGCCUCACUUUACGUUCAGAUUCCCGGGCUGUAUGGCAGAGCCGGGAUCCUGCCUGCCCGAAGGCUGCUCCGGCUCACUGGGAAGGGCUUCUGGGAGCAGCUGCGGGAUUUUCCCACCCUGCUCUGGCUCAGUCCCUACCUGGGUUUGGAUACUGAGCUGGGAAUGGAGCUGCUGUGCUUACUGGGAAUACUGAUGUCACUUGGAGCCAUGCUGUUGGAGCCACUAAGGGACUGCCUGCUCUUUGCCCUGCUCAGGAUGUGCUAUCUUUCCCUCUACCAGGUGGGACAGGUCUUUCUCUACUUCCAGUGGGACAGUCUCCUGCUGGAAACAGGGUUCCUGGCUGUGCUGGUGGCCCCCAUGCACCUGCUGAAGUGGAAGUCGACGAGCUGGCGUCCCCAUGACGGGGUCACCUUCUGGCUGGUGCGGUGGCUCCUCUUCCGUCUCAUGUUCUCCUCCGGGGUGGUGAAGCUGACCAGCCGCUGCCCCACCUGGUGGGGGCUCACUGCCCUCACCUACCACUACCAGUCGCAGUGCAUCCCCACCCCAGUGGCCUGGUUUGCCCACCAGCUGCCCAGCUGGUUCCAGAAGCUCAGUGUGGUGGCCACCUACGUCAUCGAGGUGCCCAUCCCCAUCCUCUUCUUUGCCCCCAUCCGACGCCUGCGCCUCUUUGCCUUCUACUGCCAGGUCCUGCUGCAGCUCCUCAUCAUCCUCACUGGCAACUACAACUUCUUCAACAUCCUUACUAUCACCUUGGCCUUCUCCUUGCUGGACCAGAAGCACCUGGGGGGCUUGGGGAGCACCAGCAAGAAGAAACAGAGUAAUGCUUGGCCCCCCAGCUUCUUCUCUUUCUUCUCCACCUUGCUGGAGCUGACCACCUAUGGUUGUCUCAUCUACUGGACCACCCAGUACUUUGGUCUGGAGAUCAACUGGGAGAAAAAGCUGCUGGACUCUAAAGUGGCUUUCACCUACCACGAGUUCACCACCUGGCUGGGGACAGUGACACUGCCACUGGUGGGACUUGGAUUCCUCUCCCUGUCCUGGGAGAUCCUCCUGGCCCUCUACAGGUCCCUCAGUGUCCAUGGGUGCUGCUGGAAGCUGUGGGCCACCCUCCAGUGGGGCAUCUUCACCUGUGCAACCCUGGGGAUCUUCGCUAUCAGCUUGGUGCCCUUCACCUCCAUCGACCCCCACUCGAGCCGGCAGCUGUGGCCCGGGCUGCGCCAGAUGUUCGGGGCGGUGGAGAGGUUCCAGGUGGCGGCGUCCUACGGCCUGUUCCGCAGGAUGACCGGCGUCGGGGGGCGGCCGGAGGUGGUGCUGGAGGGCAGCUACGACGGGCACAGCUGGACGGAGAUUGAGUUCCUGUACAAGCCAGGGAACCUCAGCAGAGCCCCCCCAGUGGUGGCCCCCCACCAGCCACGGCUGGACUGGCAGAUGUGGUUUGCAGCCUUGGACCACCACAGCUCCAGCCCCUGGUUCACCAGCUUCGUCCACCGCCUGCUGCAGGGCCAGGAGGACGUGGUGGCCCUGCUGGAGGGGGGGGGCUCCCAGUACCCCUUCCGUGCCCGCCCCCCCCGCUACCUCCGUGCCCAGCUCUACCGUUACUACUUCACCCCCCCCGGCAGCUUGGGGCUGUGGUGGCAGCGGCAGCUGGUGGGGGAGUUCUACCCCGCCGUGGCUUUGGGAGACCCCGUGCUGGAGAGCCUGCUGGAGCAGCUGGGGAUGAAGGAGCAGGUCCCCCCAAGAGCCGCUCCCAAGGCUCCCUUGCCGCAGCUGCUGCUGUUCCUGCGCCAGCUGUGCCGGUCUGUGCCAGCCCCUGUCCUGCUCUGGAGCCUCUAUCUGCUGCUGGCCUCCGCCCUGCUGCUGCGGGUGCUGCGGGCACCCUCGCGGGCAGGGGCGAGCACGGCCCCCCCCCGCCACAAAGGCCCCCCCAGGAGAGGGGGGGAGCCUGGCACAGCAGGGGGCGAGAGGAAUGGGCACAGGAACGGGCACAGGAAUGGGCAGCCCAGGAGGAGAGAGGAGGAGGAGAGGGCAGAGGGGCACGGGGACAGGCAAGGCGAUGGGCACGGGGACAGGCUGAGGGCAGCGAGGAGGAGGAAGUGAUCAUCUGAGGGUGCCAGCCUGGGCACCCCUCUGAAAUGCCAGCCCCUUGAGAUGCCAGCUUGGAGCCCCUCCUUGACAUGCCAGCCUAUGCACCCCCAAAAUGCCAGCUUGGGUCACACCAAGAUGCUAAUAAGGUUGCCAGGCAGAGAUGGGCACCCACCUCUGAGACACAAAACUGGGUGCCACUAAGAUGCCAGCCUGGGCACCCCCUUAAGACAAUAUGCUGGCUCCCCAUGAAAUGCCAACCUGGAUGUCCCUGAGGUGCUACCAGCAAGAUGCUGGCAUGGGCACCUUCCCUGAGAUGCUGAUCUGGUUCCCAUGAAGAUGUCAGCCUGGACCUUCUUGAGGGCACCCUGGAGAUUCCAGCCUGGCCACCCACCACUGAGAUGCCAACCCAGCUUCUACUAAGAUGCCAACUUGGACACCUCUAAAAGGCCAAACUGGACAUCUUCCCUGAACUGCCAACCAGGACC